UGAAAAUGGCGGACGGCGAAUCCUUGUGUAGUCAAGAGAUGUGACGAACAGUGUUUACUUUACCGUUGUAUUAACUCGUCAAGUUCCGAUAAAUCGCGCGCGUGCGUGUGUUUAUAUAUUUGAGGGAACUGGUCAUUUUGGAGGGGGCUACGGGUAUCUAACGCUUUCCAUCUUGGUCGUCUGAUCAUAACCUCCUCGCGUUUCCCCUGGGAUACUUGAUUUUAAAUAUUUGCGCUGCAAACGGUAUGGCCGAUAUGCCGUAUAAGGAUGGAUUUGAAACACAAGGGAUUCCGGUACGUGGUGGCGGUGGCAGUGGAGGAUCCGAUGGUGACAUGAAGCUCGAGCCUUCCAGUCCAACCGAGAGAUAUACUUUCUCUCGUUGUAGCAGUACAGGGUCGGUUAAUACUCCGUCAUCAUCUGCGCACAAUACAGAGGACGAAGACAGCGACAAUAAGAACUCGACAAUUAGUUACAAAGAGCGUCGCAGAGAAGCUCAUACUCAAGCAGAACAAAAAAGAAGGGAUGCAAUUAAGAAAGGUUAUGAUUCUCUUCAGGAUCUAGUGCCUACCUGUCAGCAUACCGAUUCUUCUGGAUACAAGCUAUCAAAGGCUACUGUACUUCAGAAAUCCAUCGACUAUAUCCAGUUUCUACUCCAGCAGAAGAAAAAACAAGAAGAAGAACGUAAUGCUUUAAGAAAAGAAGUGGUAGCCUUACGCAUAAUGCAAGCUAAUUAUGAACAAAUUGUAAAGGCUCAUCAGACGCAACCAGGUCAUGCGGAAUUGCGUGUAUCCGAUGAAGCUAAAUUUCAAGUGUUUCAGGCAAUCAUCGAUCGUCUCUUUCAGACCUUUAAUAAUGUUUCUGUAGCAAACUUUGCAGAGUUAUCCGGCUGUGUGUUCAGCUGGUUGGAGGAACACUGUAAACCACAGACUCUGCGCGAAGUAGUUUUGUCUGUAUUGCAGCAGUUAAACAGCCAAGUCAGCUAGUCAGAAAUAACUCGUCGAUGUCCAUAUUUUAUGACUUUCCUUGAAGUAACAAAUAGGAAAGUUUGUCGGCAUGUACUUAGGCCAAUUACCGUACAGUUACCAAGGACAAAACGGCGAGAAUAUCAUUUGACACGGGUAAGGUUAAAAGAGUACCAUUUCAGGAAUACAAAUAGAAUUUUAUUUUAUAUACGAAUGGCAUAGGGAUUACUACUAUGGUGGUAGCGAUGCCUCGACUCUCAUCAAUCGGUGAGAGAUGUUACAUAUUUUUUCCAGAGAUAAAUUUUUGUUACAUAUAUUGCCAUAUAUUCCACAUUGCGUACGUUUAUACGUAUGAAUGAAUUUGUAUAUACACAAUAAAUCAGGCUGCCUCAUAGCAGUUUAUACAAGUUUAA